UAUCUCAGGGCGACAGCUCCAGCGUCCAGGAGUCUGCUGGUCUCUGCCUGAGGCUUUGCCGGGCGCAUGGAGGGGCGGCCCCACGCGAAAUCCCCGGCCGGCCGGGGGAGGAGCCGGCGGGCUGCGGAGAGCGGGGCUGGGCGCGCCGGCCCGGCUGCUUUCGCUUUCGGUUCGCAGGAAAUGGCUGAGAGCGGCGAAGGGGCGCGCUGCACCCCGGCGGGGGGACGGGAGGGCGCCCGGGAGUCUCCCGGCGGCGGGGCGAGCUCCGAGCCGGGGCAGCGCGCAGGGGCCGAGCCCGGGGGCCGCCGCGGGCCGGAGCUGGCGCAGGGGCGAGGCGCUGACCUGAGCCCCGCCGAGUGGAGGGGACCCGCCCUAGUGGCCUGGUUACUCUCCUUAAUUGCGAAGGGCCCCGAGGCGUCCAGCCGCAGGGACCCGCCGGCCGGGGAGCCGGACACCCCGAGGCCUCAGCUCGGCGCUAACAGUGCCCGGGGUGCAGCUGGAACGGCCCAAGAGCUCCGGAAGACAGCGGAGAGGCUGCAGGCUCAGCUGGAGGCUCUGAAAGGCUCCUCGGACCCCGAGACACUGGAAUUCCUGCAGGCACUAGAAGCGCCCGUUAGAAUCGCCAGCCGCGUGCUCACUGAGAACCAGAGGCUCCGGCGGGAGUUGGAGGAGUUGAAGGGCAGGUUGGCAGCCCCACCACCCCUGGAACCAGCCAGCCGGCCUCCAGCUCCCUGGGCAUCAUCCCCCUGGACCUCCCAGCCAUCGCCCCUGUGGGCCACCCGGAGCACAGCCUUGCCCCUGCAGGUCUGCGUGAGCGGGAAGACGGCUGGCUGCGAGAGGCAGUUCUUGGAGCAGGUGGCCCAGCUCCUCGCGGCCCAGGGCAUCUCCCUGCAGGCCGGGGAGUACGAGCCGCACUCCAGCCGCCCGCUGCUGCUCUUCUGCCCGAUCUCGUCCCGCUCGGGCACAGACAUCAGCAACGCCCUGGAGAGGAUCCCCGCGGCGAGGAAGAUGAUCCUGGUGGUGCUGCAUCACCAGCCCAACGAGCGGGCCGAGCUCUACGCCAGCAGCAGGCGGGAGGCCCAGCACCCGGGACUCCUGCACACCGUGGACGGCUGCUUCUCCACCCAUUCCGGCUUCUACCAGUGCCAGGCCAACACUGCUGCUGUGGCCUCUGUGUCUGCCACCCUCCAGCAACUGGCCCUGGCCGGCCACUAGGGGGCAGCCCCUGCAGGAGGUGGCGGGAUCUGUGAGCUGGGAUGUGGCGUGUCCAUGGGGCUGGGUUACGCCCUGGUGACUGUACUGUCCUGACCAGUCCUAGCUGGGACUGCCUGGGUGGGGCCAGUGCUGUAGCAUAUUGGACUGUUACCCGUGGGAAUGAUCUUCUCUGGGCUGGAGCUGGUCCUACCAACCUCUGCUCCCCCUCCUGCCCACCAACUACCCUCGUGUCGGUCCCUCCCCUUCCCUAUCACACUUAGGGUAACGCUGUGCAGAUGCAUUAGUUCCUGCCACAUUAUACAGCUACCCCCUGCCUGUGCUAUGGGCCUUGUGCCUGGUUGUAUCUCCCCCACUGCCCCCAGCCCGCCCACAAACACUGAUCGGUCCCCACAGGGAUCUCGUGCGAGCCGUGUGAUGAGACAAGCUCUGGCUCUCUUGGAUUCUGUUACAGCUGCUCCCCCUCCCUGUGGCGGGGGCCUGGCAGGUGUGGAAGCGCUUUGGGCUGGACCCGGGGGCGGGAGGGCAGCCACUGUGCUGGGCACCUGUCACUCCUAGCCCAGUCAGGGCUGCAGCGGGA